CAUGCGCGCCGCGUGCCCGCCCCUCGCCAGCAGCAGAGGAGGAGGCGGCGGUGGCGGCUCUGGGCGAGGGAGCGCGAGGGGAGUGAGAGGCGCCGUUGCCGCCCCGGUAUCCGGCAGGACCGCGCGGAGGAGGCGGGAGCGCCGCGGCGGCGGAAGGACCUGAGUGGCGGCGGCAGCGGCAGCAGCAGCAGCAAUAGCAGCAGCAGGAGCAGGAGGAGUCAGUGCCCGGCCCCCCCCCCCGCGCAGCCCCAUUGCAGCCCCCCCCUCCCUCCCGCCCUCCGCGCUCCGCAGCCACCAACAUGUCGGCGCCGGCGGCCAAAGUCAGUAAGAAGGAGCUGAACUCCAACCACGAUGGGGCCGACGAGACCUCAGAAAAAGAGCAACAGGAAGCAAUUGAACACAUUGAUGAAGUACAGAAUGAAAUAGACAGACUGAAUGAACAAGCCAGUGAGGAAAUUUUGAAAGUAGAACAGAAAUACAACAAACUCCGCCAACCAUUCUUCCAGAAGAGGUCAGAAUUGAUCGCCAAAAUCCCGAAUUUCUGGGUAACAACAUUUGUCAACCACCCACAAGUAUCUGCACUCCUGGGAGAAGAAGAUGAGGAAGCACUUCAUUAUUUGACCAGAGUUGAGGUGACAGAAUUUGAAGACAUCAAAUCAGGUUACAGAAUAGAUUUUUAUUUUGAUGAGAAUCCCUACUUUGAAAAUAAAGUUCUCUCCAAAGAGUUUCACCUCAAUGAAAGUGGAGACCCAUCUUCAAAAUCGACUGAGAUCAAAUGGAAAUCUGGAAAGGACCUGACAAAACGUUCAAGCCAGACACAGAACAAAGCCAGUAGGAAGAGGCAGCAUGAAGAGCCAGAAAGCUUCUUCACCUGGUUCACUGACCACUCUGAUGCAGGAGCUGACGAACUGGGAGAAGUCAUCAAGGAUGACAUCUGGCCAAAUCCCCUACAGUACUACUUGGUUCCUGAUAUGGAUGAUGAAGAAGGGGAGGGAGAGGAGGAUGAUGAUGAUGAUGAAGAGGAGGAAGGAUUAGAGGAUAUUGAUGAAGAAGGAGAUGAAGAUGAGGGGGAGGAAGAUGAAGAUGAUGAUGAGGGAGAGGAAGGAGAGGAGGAUGAAGGAGAAGAUGACUAAUUGAACACUGAUGGAUUCCAAACCCCCUUUUUACCUUCUUAAUUUUUCUCCAGUCCCUGGGAGCAAGUUGCUGUCUUUUUUUUCUUGUGCUCAGUCGCCUUGUUCUCUUGAGGUCUCUUUUUCUCUCCUCUACACCAUGGUUCACAAUUUAUUUUGGGAAAAUACCUUGAGCAGAAUACAGUGGAAAAGAAUCUACCAGUUUCUGUUUCAAGUUCAUUUUUAUCCCUUUCUGUCUCAAAACAAAAACUGUUUAUAAAUUCAACACACCAUGUUCUGUGGGAAAAAAGAAAACCUUCUGCUCCCUUCACUCUGCUGGAAGCUGAAGAGUGCUAGGCCCCUGUGUAGUAGUGCAUAGAAUCUAGCUUUUUUCCUUCUUUCUCUGUAUAUUGGGCUCAGAGAUUACACUGUGUCUCUAUGUGAAUAUGGACAGUUAGCAUUUACCAACAUGUAUCUGUCUACUUUCUCUUGUUUAAAAAAAAAGAAAAAAAACAACAAAAAAAUAAAAAUAAAAAUGGGGUUAUAGAAGGUCAGCUGGGGUGGGUUUCAGAUGUUUGGGUGGGUUAAGUGGGCAUUUUGACAACAUGGCUUCUUCUCCUUUGGCAUGUUUAAUUGUGAUGUUUAACAAACAUCCUUGCAGUUUAAGAUGACACUUUUAAAAUAAAAUCUUCUCCUAAUGAUGACUUUGAGCCCUGCCACUUGAUGGAGAAUCAGCAGAACCUGUAGGAUCUUAUUUGGAAUUGACAUUCUCUAUUGUAAUUUUGUUCUUGUUUAUUUUUAAAUUCUUUUUUUUGUUUGGUUUUUUUUUGGUGGUUUUUUUCUUUUCUUUUUUUUGUUUUUUUUUUUUUUGUUUCACUGGAAAGGAAAGAAAGAUGCUCAGUUUUAAACGUUAAAGUGUACAAGUUGCUUUGUUACAAUAAAACUAAAUGUGUACACAAA